UUAAACAAGAUCCUCAAAGAUAUCAUUAAUCGGUUCGAAAGUACAUUAUAUUCCUGGAUGGGACUGCCACGGUUUACCUAUCGAAAAUAAAGCUUUGAAAGAGCUCGGAAAAGAUUCUUCUAAUAUUCCUCCAUCUACUAUACGCGCUGCUGCUCAUGCAGUGGCUGUUCGAGAAAUUGCAUCGCAGAAGGAGCAAUUCCGUCAAUUUGGUAUCAUGGCUGAUUGGGACGACGACGCGUCCACGUACCGCACAUUGGAUCACAGCUAUGAAAUGAGACAGCUGCGUAUCUUUGAACAGAUGGUUAACAACGGUCUCAUACAUCGCCGAUAUCGCCCAGUACAUUAUUCACCUUCAUCUCGCUCCGCAUUAGCAGAGGCGGAGUUAGUAUACAAGGAGAACCAUGUGUCCCAUUCUGUAUACGUUACAUUCGCUCUAGAUCACCCCUCUGCUGAAUUAGUACUCAAAACCACCAACUUAUCUUCAUUUGAGCCAAUCCAACUUCUAGUCUGGACUACAACGCCUUGGACUUUGACUGCGAACAUGGGCAUUGCAGUGCAUUCAGACAUGGUAUACACACUACUUCGUCGGAUGACCGACUCUUCUUUGACCUUAGUUGCUCAAAGUCGACUCGAAGCCCUCCAAGACAUUCUUGGGCCUAUCGAAAUACUCGCAGAGCUGAAAGGCGUAGAUUUAGUCGGUCUUCAAUACUCUCCAAUCUUCUCCUCUUUGUGUAAUACAGAACCUCCUGCAAUGCGAAUUUUAGGAUCUUCACACGUCACUUCGGAGUCGGGUACGGGUCUGGUACAUUGUGCUCCUGCUCACGGAGAAGAGGACUAUAAACUGUUCCGCUCUCAUGAUUUGAUCUCCUCUGGAACGCAGUCUCCUUCCACCGCCAUGUCAAACACCUUGAUCUGUCACGUCCACGAUGGUUUAUUUUCCGAAAAAGUUGUCGAUGUAGUUGGUCCCGCUGCGCACAUGCUCGUUGGAAAACCCGUCCUUGAAGAAGGGUCGCGUGGGGUCGUCGAACUCUUGAAACAAGCCGGAAGACUAUUGGCUGUGAAGAGAUAUACGCACAAGUAUCCUUACGAUUGGAAAACGGAUAAGCCUAUCAUCGUUACUGCAACGUCGCAGUGGUUUGCGAACCUUGAUAGAAUCAAGGACGACGCAUUGAAGGCUUUGAAUGAUGUUCAAUUCUAUCCAAAUCAGUCCCGUAAUCGUCUUGAAUCCUUCAUCCAGUCUCGUUCCGAAUGGUGUAUCUCCCGACAACGUGUAUGGGGUGUGCCCAUUCCUGCACUACUCAACACCAGAACCGGAGACGCCAUGCUCAAUCGUGGGUCUCUCCGACACAUCAUUAAUGUCUUGGAAGAAAAGGGUGUCAAACAUUGGUGGGAAGGGCCGGUGGAGGAAUUCCUUCCUCCUGAAAUGAAAACGGUCGAUGUAGGGGAAUGGCAGAAAUCCACGGAUACAAUGGAUGUAUGGUUCGAUAGCGGGACUUCCUGGUCGAUGUUAGAUCCUCCAUCUGAGGGUAGAUCGUUCCGUGCGGACGUAUGUUUGGAAGGCUCUGACCAGCAUCGGGGUUGGUUCCAAAGUCAACUUUUGACUGCGGUGGGGUCUGCUUCAGAAACGAUUACGGAGUAUCCCAGCGAAACUGCGAGUCCGAAUGCGAAAUUGCGCAGCCCUUAUGGUACACUCAUUACACAUGGAAUGGUACUAGACGAAAAGGGGAAGAAGAUGAGCAAGUCACUCGGAAAUAUCGUAAGCCCUUUGACCAUCGUUCUGGGAGGAACUGACAAGAAGAACGACCCCGCCUAUGGUGCUGAUAUUCUCCGCCUAUGGGCCGCUUCUGUAGAGUUCAAAACCGACAUAUCGAUUGGGCGUACGUCGUUGACCCAAACCGCCGAAGCGAUGCGUAAGAUCCGAAAUUCCGCAAGAUUUAUGUUGGGUAAUAUCAGAGACGGUACAGCGUUGGAAGGGCUCGAAAGGGUCCAAAGAAAAGACAUGGGCUUGGUUGAACGAUUUGUUAUGCACGAGUUGUAUGUGCUGGAGAAGAUUGCUUUGAAAGGCUACGAGGAAUUUGAUUUCGCGAAAGUGACUGCAGCACUUGUAAAUUUCGCCAACACUACACUCUCUUCGUUGUAUUUUGAUAUCACCAAGGAUUGCCUGUAUGCCAACUCCUUCCAAAGCAUCGAGAGGAAAGCCGUUGUCACUGUUCUCGAAAAGAUUCUGGAUACGACGACUUCGAUUUUGGCACCAAUCCUUCCUCAUUUGGCUGAGGAAAUACAUCAACAUCUAUCUCGUGAUCAGAACCUACAUCCGAAAUCUUUCUUUGAGAAAGGGUGGAAACCACUCGAUCCGGAAUGGGAAGAUUAUGCAGCAGCGAAAGAUAUGAGUUAUCUAUUGAAAAUCAGGAAGGCGGUUCUCGGCUUAUUAGAGGAAGCAAGGGGACAUAAAAGAGUUAAAAGUUCCCUAGAAGCGGAGGUAGACAUCCUGUUGCCAAACGAGGGAGGAGAUCAUCCUGUGGCAGAACUCUUAAAACGAGAAGAACAAAUACUCAAAACGCUCUUCAUCACUUCCGAUGCGUCUCUGGUCGACGAAGGCUCCCUCGGAAGUGGUUCACAGUCCUCAGUGUGGGUAUACACAGAGUCACUAGACGUUGGGGAAGAUUUAGACGCACUUGGAAUACGCGUUCGGCCAGCUUCGGUAGCCAAGUGCCCGCGGUGUUGGACUUAUACGAAACACGCAAAGGAAGAAACUACAUGUGCGAGAUGUGCGGAUGUGUUGCGUUCGUUGUGAACUGGCCCAAGGGACUAGAGUUCGCAAAGAUCUACCGAAAGCAAUAGAUGCAAGUGUUGUCCAUUGUCAGUGAACUUCAUCAACUUUAGUAGCGCUUCCUUACGAUACUGAAGGAAAUGAUCUAAUAUUGGGACUGGACGAGUCGUUGAGCACUGGCCCCUCACUUCGAGAAAUGAUUGCUGAAAUGUCGAACUCCGGCGAUAUUCCGGCGAGGCGAUUCGAGGCCUGCGUGACUUGUAUCAUUGUAUCAAGACCCAUACUUAGAUGAAAAACCAUGGACUUAUUCAAUGCGAUACUU